UUAAAUCGCUAGCUAGUUCUGGUAGUGUUUGUCCUUUUGGUUUCUGCAUUUUGUUAAUACAAAAAAACAACCAAAAAAAUAAAAAACAAAACCCACCACCACACAUUUACCUAGCUAGUAAAGGCAGCUUUGAUAAUUAUCUUUCCGGAACAAAAACGCUCAUGUCACUACCCUUUUAUGUUGUUGUUGGUGGUGGUUUUUGUCUAUGAGACAAGCCAGCAGCUCCAUGUAUGGCAGCGGUAAGACGUGGUUGUGCAGUGUUGGACCUGUUCUGUGUUUUGAUGGUUAGCCAGCUAGCGUUCGCAAUCCGUCUCCAUGGGUCUGGACAAGCGAAUCCUGCACUAGUUAAGCAGAGAGGUCAUCACGUUGUUGACGGUUCGACAAUGCGAACAGGUAAUUUUCAUACUAAAGAACUUCCAUACUAAAGUAGGCCUAAUUUAUUAGCUGUCUCCAUAAAUCCCUUUUAUAGUACAAUGUACUGCAGCAUUCAGCGCUGUUAAAGUCGACUGAUGUGAAUUUUGACGAACAGCCUCCUUGCAGUAGAUGCAGUGGACACAGUACCGGUGCUAGCUAGCUAGGUAGCUACAUACAAAGUACUCCUCGAUGUUGUCUUCUGAAACAUGUAGAAUAGCUAAUCAGCAAAUGCCAGCCGCUAGCUAAAGAGCUGGUGUUGGACAAUCAUGAUGAAAAUCAACUCGGCGAAGAGAGGAAGACCGUCCCGAAAGAGGAGUAGGAGCAAACGUGUCAAAGACGCACAUAUUAAAAUAGAGCCACUCUCUGUAAACGAGGAUGUGAUUCAUUUGGAGGCAGAUGAACCUCUACUGCAGAAUCCAUCUAAUGGAUCUAAAGACUUUGUUAUUGAUACCUCUUCAGAGAUUAACCAAAUAAAACAAGAACCGGGUCAGUUUGAUUCAUACGGAAUCCAAAAGGAAAUACCACGAGGUACCAGAAAUCAUCAAUCUCAAUCUCCUGAUUGCAGAAUACGAUUUCCAAAGACAGAACCAGACUGUGUUCCAGUAAAUGUGGCUGCUGAAUUAAAAACUGAGCCAGACAUUCAUGAUGUGCCGAAUGGAGAUUUGUGUGUAAAGAAAGAGAAGGAAGAGGAUGGGACAACGUUCAAGAUCGAGGCAGGGGGUGGUGUCCCGGAGCAUGAUCGCAGACAAGAUGAAGAACCAGCUCCUGCAUCUGUUGUCUCCUGUCCUUACUGCUCUGUGUCCUUUACUGACUCGUCCUACCUGGAGAAACACCUGAAAUGGACCCACCGGAGCAACUAUCUUGCCUGGCUCAGGAGCCACAAACCUCCCCAGUGUCCCAAAAUCUCCUCCAGGAUGCUGAGCUGCUCGUCCUGCCCUCACCACGUCUUCACACAGGGGCAGCUGAAGGCGCACGUGCGGCGGGCGCACCUUCCCCCACCCGCCCCCGCCCGCAAGCGCUACACCUGCCCCCAGUGUGACCGCAGCUUUGACUACAUGGGCAACCUGCAGAACCACUGCCGCCGCUGCCACGGCCUGGCCACUGUCUGCACCGACGGCCAGCUCAGCUGCGCCUCCUGCGGGAAGAGCUUCACCGGCAUGUGGGGCCUCGGCCCUCACCGCUGCGGGGGGGACGAGGAGGAGGCAGAGGAGGAGAGCAAACCCGCCGCCACCUCGGGCCGCCCCCUCUGCACCGACCGCGGCUUCCUGUGUGGGCAGUGCGGUAAGAACUGCCCCACGUUACAGUGCCUGACCAUCCACACACGCACGCACACGGGCGAGAAGCCGCACGCCUGUGGCGUGUGCGGCCGGCGCUUCAGCGAGCCAGGCAGCUUGCGCAAGCACGCGGUGGUGCAUACGGGCGUGCGGCCCUACGAGUGCCCCGAAUGCGGCAAGCGCUUCGCCCGCAUGAACCACCUGAGCACGCACCUGCGCACGCACACAGGCGAGCGGCCCUUCCCCUGCCCCGACUGCGGCAUGCGCUUUAGCCACCGGGCAACCUUGCGCCUGCACCAGCGCGUGCACUCGGGCGAGAAACCCUUCUCCUGUCCACACUGCAGCAAGGCCUUCUCCACGCUGGGCAACAUGAAGGCGCACCAGCGCAUGCACAGCACGGAGCGCGUGCACGAGUGCGGCCAGUGCGGCAAGUCGUUUGCGCGGCUGGACGUCCUGAAGAAGCACGCCCGCGUGCACUCGGGAGAGCGGCCCUACCUGUGCUCGGCCUGCGGGAGGCGCUUCAGCCGCGUGCAGCACCUGACCAACCACCAGCGCACGCACACCGGCGAGAAGCCCUACAGUUGCGACCAGUGCGGGGCCAGCUUCGCCCAGUCGGGCGACCUGACCAAGCACGCCCGCAGACACACGGGCGAGAAGCCCUACGCCUGCCCGCACUGUCCCCGCCGCUAUAACAACUCCGGAGACCUCAACAAGCACGCGCGCAGCCACACGGGGCUCCGGCCUUACCGCUGCCAGCAGUGCGGCAAGGCCUUCCUCCUGCCCCACCACCUGAAGACGCACAUCCGCACGCACACGGGGGAGAGGCCGUACAGCUGCCCCCGCUGCUGCCGAACCUUCACACGCACGCAUCACCUCACCCAGCACAUCAGCAAGCACCACUGAGUUCGGGAAGGGUUCAGUGACUUAAAUGUUACAUGCUGGUGUUUCAAAAAGACAAAGGAAACCCUCUUAAGGAAUUGCAUGCAGAAUGUUUUAAGCUGUUUAACCAGUGUGGAACUGCCUUCAGAAGGCCCCUACCACUGUCUCCUCUGUGAACAGCCAUUACAGGCACUGUACACCUUCCCUUAGUAUUAAACACUGUCCUCUGUGAAAUGGCAGAACCUUUUAGUGAGUAGUAAUACAAGUUCUUUACCAUAGUUGUUGAAAGAUUCUAAGCAUUGGUUAUGCAUACCCUUAUUGCUACCUUGCAAACUGGACUGUUUUAAUCGGGGUCUCGUUGGCAUUGACUAGUUCCUCUUUGGUUUGACUCACUGUUAUGAAUUGCACCUGGUGUAUUUUAUAAUCAAAUGACCAUCUAUAGGUCUCAAAACUACACUUACUGUUCGGUUAGACACUGUACAUGUGAAAUAUGUUGAAUAGAAGCCCUGUUUCCCUAGAAGCAUCACAAGCUGAUCUUUAAGAUCAGCUUAAAUGCGAGUGUGUUCAGUCUGAGACUCGCUCUUUUAACAGCCGUCUUUGCGAUCCUUUUGGGAAAUCUGGCCCUGAAGAGUUCCCUUAAUUCUUUGUAUGUAUGCAAAUAAUCUCAUGAUAAAUAUUGGAAAUCAUAAAACCCAUUCACCAAAUAUCUUAAGUGUCUGUGUUAGCAUGCUUUGUGUCUGAAGGCACCUGCUCAAGAUGCUUAUAACGCGUCUUAUAAAGAUAAAAAGAUGACAUGUGAUGUGUUUAGGAAACAUUAAAUGAAACUGCAGAUCUUUUAUUAUGGUCUUUUAAAAAAAUGUUUGUGUUCAGUAAAGUUUUCACAGCUUUGGACUUUAAAUUUCUAAAUACAAUUGGAAUGCUUGUUUCUUAUAAGUUUUGAAUCCCUUAGCCUACCAAUACAGAUUAACAUUGCAGGAUACUCUGUAUUAGACAAACUGAUUAAGCAUUCAUUCCUUUACUGUCAAAAUAGUGUUUUAGGAUUUCAUUUUAUGAAUUUAACUGAAAAUAUAUUGCCAGAUUGGGUUAGCAUAAAGCAAGAUUUUUUUUUUUUUUUUCUGGAGACAGCUCCUCUCCUGCUUUGGCUGUGCAUCUGAGAGAAUGUGGGGAUAUUUCUCUUUUCCUGUGUGCAAUGCUUUGCUUAUUUUCCUUCUGGAACAGUCUGUGUUUGAUGGCAAGUUAAGAACAUCAAAUUAUGUCCAAUCAGAGUUUUCCAUUCUCCUUAUGAAACUGGAGUCUUUUAAAUUAAGUAUCUGAUAUUUACCCAGUAAUUCUCCUCAUUUCCAUUGCUCCAUGAUAUUGUGGAAAUUGCCGCUCCUGCUAUUUUGGGACAUUGAUGCAAUUUAAUAUUACAGCUUCACAUAUACUAUUUCUGACUAAUUUGUUUUAUGCAUAUCAGUAAGAACUAGUCUAGGAUUGAGUGGUACUGCUUUGGGGUAUCCAGUUUGGAUAUGAACAGUAAUUUUAUGUUAUCUUUGAAAAAAAGGUAUCGACUGCAUCCAGUGUUGAUAUGGAAAGCUCUUUUAUUUUGUCUGUGAGAAAACUUACUGACAGCAGUCCAGUGUGGAUAUUAUGAGGUGGCCAUGGAUAUGAGGGCCAUCCAUAGCUUUGCUCAGUUAGCGUUCCUCAGCGUUAUGAUCAUGGAUAUCAUAAUCAGUAUUUAGGAAGUUAUGGAUUGUGCCUUGAGAAGGGAGUUGGAUUAGCAGGAUUUAUAAUAGCUCUAAAAUCCCACUGUCUCCUCGUGUACUCCUGACUUACCUACUGGCCUUUCUGUAUGAAGCUUCUAAGCGUGGUUAGUCAUGCCAGUACUCACGCUAUCCUGGUUGGCACCUCGGUAUACCACAGGUUUUCAUAUCUUCAGUAGUCGUCUUCAAACCGGCUGCUUAAAUGCCUUGGCUCUGUUGAGACACCCUUCUGGUGAGGGCUUCAACAAAUUCCUAAUACAAUUUUACACAACAACUUUUUGUUUUGAUAUCGUGUAUCAAUUGGCAAAUUAAAUUUAAUAAAAAUCCAUAAAAGAUCAUUUUGAUGGUGAGGUGGUGGCUGAAUUGAGGUUUUUGCUGCUAAUUCUGUCUUAAAUUCUGCUUUGUGCUCAUAAUUCUGUGUGUUUGUCCUUAAAAUAAAACGAUAAUGAAAGUAAGAAAUGGCCAUUUUAUCUUAAUCUAUGUUUGCCUUAUAGAUUUUUAAUAGUGGGCUGUUUUGUAACACCACUCGUACAAAGAUCUAGUAGGUGUAGUUACAAGCAUUAGAUCUAAACAGACAUUUAGAGCCGAUAGAUGGAUCACUUGGCUGGUCAAAGGCCCAGAUCAGGUCUGCUUCAGUCAAUGCUGGGGGAAUUGCCCUAUUAUUUUUAUGUCUGCGAUUACUAGGACAGCAGUGAAACUAGUGCACCAACACGGAUAACAAAGAUGUAUUUAGGGCUAAAUAAUAUUGAGUGCACCUUUGUUUAAAGCUGGAAUCAAUGCUUCUUAAAGCAUGUCCAUUUUUCAUUUAGCAAGCAGCUUGUCUGUUAGGGGAGGGGCACGGAGAUGAAUGGAGGCGGGGAGUAUUUAAAUUUUUUUGCCGUUGUCAUAGAGAUAAUAAUUACAGGUAGAGACUUAGAAAUUCAAACAUUGCACAUCAUUUGGAUUGGCACCAAAGAGAAAAAUAAUAGUUGAAAUUUGAGAAACCUUGUUGAAGACCUGUUUCUGUGAUUUUCUGUAGAGAUGGAUCACAGAUAGACAAUGUCUUAACUUAAUCGUUGCACAAUGUAAUAAAGGUUUUUUUCCAUGCAAAGGGGGGCCAAUUUCAUGGAUAUUUUGCUGUUUGCAUAUUUCUUACUGAUGCACUGGCCAAACAAAUUCUGUUGAUCUUUUCAGUAGUUUGCCAUGAAUAUAUUUUAAUAUUGGAGCAGUUCCUGAUUGAAGCACCAGGGGGAAACAGAUAGCUAUCAAUAGGUGCUUUGGGAAUUCUGGUUUGGACACACACAGAUGGCUCUGGUGCGUAAGUGACGGUCCCUAACUGAGGGGUCCCUAACUGAGGGGUCCUCCUGUGCAGUCUAAUUCAGCGAUAAUAUAGCUGCUGUUAACAUACUUAACAUUUUUUUUUUGGUCUGUAAACUCUUCUUUGCAGAAAAAGACUACUGAUCACUGGAAACAUGACAUUAUUGAUGAAUCUCAUCAAUUGAACAGAUGUUUGGCAUAUUUAGUUUGACUCACUGACAGCAAGGUUCCUUACAACAGUGCUUACGCGGUUUAUUGAUUUCAUGUUGUACAUGACAAAUUUUUGAAUACUAUCUUAAUCACACCUUUAUGAGAAAAAAAAAAAAACAAGAAAAAAACCUCCCACCCCCACCCACCAAAAAAGAAAAAAAAGAAAAAAGGCCAGGGCCUAUAAUAGUGAUAUUUCACCAUCUAAAAUCCUUUAAGCUAUCUGUCUGGAGGGGGAGACCAUUUUCUAAACCG